GGGAGCUCAUUUUCAGAGCGCAUGAUUGCGUUAGAGGGGCUUCAUAGACUUUCAUCGGCCAGAAGCAAAGAGGGAGAGACAGUAAAGGCAUUUCAACCACGCCUUUCACAGUAAAUAAUCCACAAAAAGGCAGCCUGAGUGUAUAGGAUCUGCCCCAAGUAGCAUUGCUUGAGUUUUUUCAAAGGAACAGAGAUUUUAUUUUCAUCUUUGGGAAGAGGGACUCUGUGGAGCCGGGCUGUGCGAUGCUCUCCUGACCGCUUCUGUGCGUAAAAUAAAAGUUUAACACGCCGUUGAGAUUUUUUUUCAGAGGUCUGGGAGCUCGACAAACUCCACAUUCCACUUUCUGGGAAUUUUAGCUAAAACUCCUAUUGGACGCUCAGUGGAGGAUAUAAAACUUUUCAAGUGUUUUUGUGGUGAAACACAGAGCGAGGUUGGUCUAACGGAGAACGAAGGAAUCCUCGGUACUGAACCGUGAGGAGGGCGCGCAGUGCUGGGUAGCAGGUUGACCCAAAGGACGGCACCUCGGAGACAAGGUUAUGACGGACCUGAGCUGAACAUGGGGCUUUUCUGGAUAUUGUUGUUGUCUCGUGUUUAUGCUCUUGCAUGGGGCCAAGGAGUUUACGCUCCUGCCAACGCCCAGAUCGUGCAUUCAGGUGCAGCAUGUAACGUCAAAGAUGAUAACAUGAGUGAGCGAAUCUACACCAUCAAAGAAGGAGACACAUUAGUGCUUCAGUGUAUUGUUAAAGGACAUCCACGACCCCAGGUACGGUGGACGAAGACGGCAGGCAGCGCGUCAGACAAGUUCCAGGAAACAUCCAUCUACAACGAGACGCUACGCAUUGAGGGCAUCCAGAGGGUGCAGGGAGGUCGCUACUACUGCAAGGCUGACAACGGGGUGGGGGUGGCUGCCAUCAAGUCCAUCCGCGUAGAUGUGCAGUACCUUGACAUACCAGUUCUGACAGUACACCAGACCAUUAGUGAUGUGCGUGGCAGUUACUACCAGGAGAAGACGGUGUUCCUGCGCUGCACCGUCAACUCCAACCCUCCUGCGCGAUUCAUUUGGAAACGUGGGGAUAUGCUCAUCGAACAGAGCAAAGACAAUGGGGUGGAUAUUUAUGAGCCUCUUUACACUCAGGGUGAGACCAAGGUGCUGAAGCUGAAAAACCUAAGACCCAAGGACUUUGCUGAUUAUACCUGCCAGGUGUCGGUCCGAAACGUGUGUAACAUCAAGGAUAAGUCCGUCACCUUCAGGCUAACAAAUGCCACAACUCCACCAAUGAUUCGGCUGUCAGUGAAUGAUACAGUGGUGGUGGAUCCUGGCCAGGAUGUGCACAUAACCUGUGAGGUGACAGCAGGUUUCCCUCUGCCCACUGUGAUAUGGUCACGUUACCCUGGCCCUCUUCCCCUCAGUGCUCAAGUUCGAGGAGCAACGCUGAUCUUGAGAGCUGUCACACCAGCAGAUGCAGGCUUCUACAACUGCACGGCUGUCAACAAUGUGGGCAACCCUGCACGCAAGAACGUCAACCUCAUUGUGAGGACAAUGAGCAACCUGACCUUCCAGAUUACACCAGAUUCUAACAAGGACAGUGAAACCAUUCAAAUGGGUCGUGACCUUAAGCUCUCGUGCCACGUUGAUGCCACCCCACAGGACAAGGUCAACUAUACCUGGUACAAGAACGGUGUACCAGUCUUCAACUCGGAUAGCCUGAUUUUACUUCGCAGUGACCCAGACAUGGCACCAGGCACCAGCAGCUUGGAGAUUGUGGACAUGAAAUUCAGAGACUUGGCCACCUACAGCUGUGUGGCGAGUUUUCCAGGCAGCACAGUGCGAGAGCUUCGUGUUGAUGUCAACAUUUCUCAAAAUAGCGUCUCUCCUCCAGUGCUGUCAGUUCCAUCCGGAGGUCAGGUUGUAAGUGUGCGUGAGGGAGGUAAUGCUGAACUGGUGUGCUUAGUCGUAGAUGGGAAACCACGUCCUCCCAUACUGUGGUCACGGACAGAAAAGGACCUGCUAAUGCCCUCAGGGAAGCCUAUAGUGGAGACGCCUGAUGGUCGCUUAAGGAUAAAGAACAUAAGCCGGGACAUGAUGGGAGCAUACCGGUGCCAGACUGCUCCAUACAACGGACUUAACAUUAAACGCAGAGAGGCGCAGGUCCAACUCAAUGUGCAGUACCCCCCCAUUCUGGACCCAGUCUUUCAAGAUGUCCGUUCCAGGAACUAUCAAAUGGUAACCCUGAGGUGUACAGUCCAACGAUCAAACCCUCCACGCCUGACUGACAUCCGAUGGUUCCGUAAUGGUGACUUCAUCCGUAUGCCAAUGCCAGACCUGAAGGAAACACCUGAGCUGAAGUUCAAACUGGAACCCACCAACAAUGGCUCUUAUGAGUGCCGAGUGAGCAAUAGUGUGGGCACAUCAUCAUGCACAUUUAAUGUCUCUGCACAACCCUACAAUGCUGAGUUUUACUUUGAUACACCCAACCCUGUCCGGAUUCUGAAAGGAAACAACUAUUCCUACAACUUGCAGUGGACACAAAAAGAUCCUGAAGCCACAGAUCGCAUCAUAGGAUACUGGGUUAAUGUUCGAAAGAACAAGCAGAACCUGCUGUCAAAACAGAUAGACCUCAAGGGUAAGGCACCAGAAAAGGGUGUUCUGAUGUCCUACACAAUAUCAGACCUGAAAAUCCCUCUGUCCUACGAGGUCCGGCUGGCACCCAUUACCACCUACAGCACUGGGGACUAUGUCAGUCGAAUUAUCCAGUAUUCAGAACCCUACACUUACCCAAGACCUUCAGACCAUGUGUGUGGUUUUGAGGAUGAGCGCAUCUGUGGUUUCUCUCAAGACCGGAGUGAUGUCUUUGACUGGACAAGACAAAAUCACCUGACGCAGAAUCCCAAGCGAUCUGCAAACACCGGCCCAGACACUGACCGCAGUGGAACAAAGGAGGGCUACUACAUGUACAUUGAAGCAUCACGCCCACGUACUCAGGGUGACAAGGCUCUUCUACUGUCUCCACUCUUUAAUAUUACCUCAACCAGGGGCCCCAAAGGCAGAGUUCCAUACUGUGUAUCCUUCUACUAUCACAUGAAGGGCAAACACAUUGGCACUCUCAAUGUUUAUCUGAAGGUGAGAAGUAUUGCCUCUGUGGACAGAGUGAUGUGGACAAAGUCUGGUCAUCAGGGCCCUGACUGGAAGAAAGCAUUCUUUGACAUUACCCCCAGUGGACCCUUUCAGAUUGUAUUUGAAGGAAUUCGAGGUUCAGGCUUUGAGGGGGAUAUUGCCAUUGAUGACGUGUCCAUCACCAGAGGCGAGUGCAAGCAACAGAACACUGUAGCCAACGCAGGUAAGACAGUUCUGAUUGGAGGAUCACACUCACUCCCACUGGCUAAAUGGCUGACCUUUGGCCUCUCCUGCUUUCUCUCACUACUGUACAGAUGAUGAGCACUCCCCACAGCACCACCAACUGUCUGUGCUGACAGACACUGCCCUGACUUGCGCUCUUCUUUUUUCUCUUCCCUUCUCCCUGUCUUUUCCUCUGCGUACCUGUGUCCUUACUUCUCUGUCCUCUUCAGUUAUGGUCUUGCUCUCCUUCAUGCAUCCAACAAGAAACACUAUGUACUUGUCUAGUUUCUCGUCCUCUGCUUUCUUUGACUAUUUCACCUAUUCACUUAGUAUAACCAACCAAUGCUCAUACUGUAUUUAAGGUUAACAUACUUAAUGGUCUUUGACAUUCAGACUUGAAAUUCUCUCCUUUAUCCCUUGAUUAGAUUCACUUUAUCCAUGUCAGUGUGUCACUUUGUCUUUUUCCUCUCCUUCGUCAACCUUCUUUGUCCAUAUGUGCACCCUUCAUGUAUCUUCGAUCCCUUGAACCACUAUCCUCGGCAGUCCCUCCACCCUAUUCCCCAGACACACCAAAGUGUCGGACACUCAACCAAAGAUGACAAAGAACCUGAGGGAAUGAAAUGAGGGAACAGGGAUUCUAGGAAGAAAGUUAAAGAAAGAGUGAGAGAAGAGAGAAAGUGGUUGAUAAGACCUUUUCAGUGAAGACUGUCUCCCUUCCAGACCAGCCUUUGGCACCAUGGGAGCUACUGAAUGAUUAGGAGAAAUGAAAAACUGAUGACUGAAUGAAUAAAUAAAUGACUGAAUGAUGAGGAAAUGACAAACCAGAACUGAGGAUAAAAGAAGGGUAGCCUCUCUGCUUGCCACAAGAGACGAACCUCAGUGCGGAUUAUACGUGUACAUUUAUCUUAUAUAUAUAAAUAUAUAUUAAAUAUAACAAAGGUUAAACAAAAACACAGCUAGGGCAGUGGAGGACCUUACAAAGUGAAAUUAAAGAAGCACAACGUUUAUACAACCUCUGCUGUUCCUUUGGGUUUUAUUCAACUUCUUAUGUGAUGUUGCAAUUUGUCAGACCUAUUCAAUGUUUUUGAUAUUUGCUUUUUUGUUAUGUUAUGGCAUCAUAAGGGUCGAGGUAAUUAAAGUAUUACAUUAAUAUUUAUGAGGGGCAGAGACGAUGAUUUGUGAUCCAGAACCUGGUCGGGCACGUGGAUGGAAAUGCAAAGAUGACCCAAACCAUGUGGUAACCUCAAAUGUUCUUCACACAUACUGCACUGAAUGCGCACACAUGCACCCAGACAUAUAUGGUACCAGUCAAAAGUUUGGACACACUCCAAACUUUUGACAGUUUUCAUUACUGAAAUCACAGUCAAAUACAGUCUCAUCUGAUGGGUAACAGAAAGAAAACCAUGGGUGGUAGAUGCAAUACCAGAUACUCCCCUUUUUUAUAAACUUCCUUACACUGGAUCUAUGACUCAGAUACCUGGAUUAAUCAGAACAGGCAGACAUGCCUCAAAUGUAAAGCAAAAUGUGGUGUUAUAUGGGAAACGGAUAAGUGCCUGGAGUAAGUUUCAGCACUCUUCCUGCACAGUUUAUUGAAUGUCAUGUAUGGAUUCCCCCUACUCAAUGGUCAAUGAGUGAAAGGUGGAGAAGAUUAUCAGUCUCUGCCAGGUGUGCAGUGUGGAUUGCAUAACACAUUCUUUGUCAUUGUUUAAUUAAUGAAUGUCUGUAGUAUAAACACUUCUCAUAGUCCCAUAGAUAUGAUUGUUAAAAUUAAGCAAUACUCAUAUCUAUAUAUUUGUUUGUUUUUUAAAAGAAGUAUCCUGAAAAAUUAUCAUGUCCAAAUCUUUUAUGGUUUCUUGCAGUUACCAGUGUAAUUGUGGUAACUGUAGCCAUUUUAAUUUGAGUGUGCUUCCAUUUUUCUAUAUUGUGCUUCAGCUUAUCUCAAAAAACUCCACACUGAUCAGCCAUUUAAGUCCUAAUCCACUAUGCUAAUCAUCUUCAUCACCAUAUGUAUCCAUGUAUACAUCUCUUUUCUCUGCAUUAUGCCACAGUGAUCAUCGAAUUCAUUUCACUUCUUGUUUAUUUUGUUUUUUGUUGUUGUUGUUGUAGUUCGUUAAAAAAAAAGAGGUUUUUCAUCCAUAAAUAGAAGAAAUUAUGUGCCUAUUUAACUUGCUCAGACUGCUGCGAGUGGCAGUCCUUCUGCUUGCACAGCUUAUGUGUAUGACAUCAUACUGUGUAACUGCUGCAAAGCUGUGUAACACAUGUUGGAUAUCUCUGUGAAACACCACAGACGGUAGUGUAUCAUAUGAACACUGAAGCCCUUUGAAGCCUACUCCAAGCAAAUCAUCAAUAUUGCAAAAAUGCUCCUGUAUCUUAGCUUUAGCUUGUCUCUGUCGUCAUCCAUCUACUUUGAUCUGACAAGUGCACCUGGUGAAUGGUUUGGUUCAAAUUAUACAAAGUAUUUGAGGGGAAUUUUAGGGAUAUGCUUUCUUGUAAAUGUAGCUUGAUCAUUCUGCAAGUGGCCUAAUAUACUUUCAGUUCCCGGUAAUGUCUUCAAAAUGGCCAUCAAUUUACAAACCACAACAGAGCACAAAGUGGGUUUUGUUUGUUUAUGUGUUUUUGUUUUUUCAGCAUUGAUUUCAAUGCCUCCCCUCUUAUGUGACUAGAUACAUUUGUUACAUGAGGCAUUCAUAUCAGCUUUAGUUGUACAGUAUCACAAGCAUUAACAAGCACAAUAACAGUGCAGUAGUAAAUGCAUUUUAGAAAUAUUAAGCAUUGUUGUAUGUGGCAUUUCAUCAUUCUAGGAUCAUAUCAUUCCUCAUAUUGCUUUAUUUGUCAUUAGUGAUAAGGUUCUUAUUAUCACUGCUUUUGAAAAUGUGACAGCUGCAAAUUAAAGAUGGAAAUCCCAUGAUGCAUUUUCUUUAACCGUUAUUUUAGAAAUGCACGUGCUUUUAAUUUUUUUCUUUUGGAUUUCUAUGACAACUUAUAAUUGAAGGGGAAGGCAUCGUAUUAAUGGUCCCACAUAAGAACAGAUUAUCAGCAUAAAGGUACACUAUGAUUAUUAUUUAAAACUGACUGAUUAAAAAUCAAUGUGUUGCAUUUUAAUUUAAAUAUGUGACAAUACAGCAGUGUUUAAAGGUACCUCAUAAUGUGUGCAUCUGUGCGUCUAUAAUAGAGCAAAACAGCAUUAAUUAUUAUAUCAAGCAUGAACUAACAGGAUAAUUAUUCUGAAGUGGUACAAAAUAAUCAAUUUAGAGGUACAGUUAUGUCCAUAAUUUGUUGGACAAAGACAGUAU